AAUCCCGAAACAAUCCACAGUCGUCGCUACGGCAGCUACGGUCGGUGGUUGAAUGGUCGAGCUACGAAAGCACGCUACGGAGCAAAAGGCGUUUUAAAUUCUCAUCGGAUCUCGCAACAAUUCACUCCCAAACCGGCUAUUCGAGCCGGUAGCGAAGCGUCCAUCCUUCGGUGAAACUGCCGGUGUCCAGGAGCAUGCGGCUCCGUUGUCCAAGUCGACCGGCGGCCCCAACUUGAGCGUCGUCUGCAGGAAGGAGCUAUGUUCCUUGGACGCGCGUUGGGAGCCCGGUGGCUGGCAGCGUCGCGCCGCUACAGCAGCGGUCUUCGGGACCUGAUGGGCUUCGCCGACGAGUCCGAGUACAAGUCGUGGUACGCGCGGCACCCCGAACUGAGCAAGCUCCCCGAGGAGCGAUUGGCCGCUUCGUGCCGCUCGCUCUUGGGACGACUGCCCGGGGCGCGAGCGCACAUCCGGGCCCAUCCAGCCCUGCUGACGGUGUCGGAGGCAUCGUUGGAACGGAGGCUCUCGCUGCUCGAGGAGUGCAAGGCGCUUCCCCUGACGCUGCUCUCCUACCCGGAGUCCCUGCUGCAGUACGUGGUGAAGAAGCUCGGGCUGACGGGCCUGCGCAACCAGCUGUCGCACAUGACAGAGCUCCUGGCCAGCCGGCUUGGCUUGGAUGAAGUCGGCGCGCUCCAGCUGGUCGAGAAGCAUCCGUGCUUGCUGACCCAGGAGCCCGGCCGACUGGAGAGGGUGCUGGAGCUGCUGCUGGGUGCCGGGGUCUCCAGGGAGGCCAUCCUCAAGGACCCCUGGGUGUUCCGGCACAACGAAGAGGUGAUGCGAGCGCGGGUGGAGCGCGUGUCCCAGGCGGGCACCCCCGUGCGUCCCUGGAUGCUGCGCUGCCCCGAGGAGACCCUGGAGCGCCACCUGGAGCGCUGGAGUGCCCGGCGUACGGCUCUGGGACCCCACACGGACACGCUGCACUACCUGGCCGAGCGGCUGCGCUGCUCCGGGGCCUACGUGCGCUUCCUGGCAGACCGCAACCCCCGUCUGCUCACCAUCAACGCACCCAAGCUCAAACAGGUCCUGGACCUGCUGUUUGCAAAUGGCUACACCCCAGAGCAGGUGUGCCUGUUCCCGCGGGUGCUGAGCUGCAGCCUGGGGCGCCUGGAGCGCCGCCUCGGCACCCUCCGUGCACUCCCCGGCGCGGGGGAGUCCGCCCUGCCCUCCCUGUACCUCCUCAACGCCACCGAGAAGGAGUUUGUUCGGGCCUGCCGGCGGAGGCUGCUCGAACAGCAGCUGUACUCCCGCCAGGGCUGACGACGGCUGGUGACACUGCCAUUGAAGAAACUCUCCUCCUCGUCUUCAGCGACAGUGCCACAGUGACGUGUCUUACAGGGGCGUGUCCGCUGCUCCCCUCUUCGUUCGGCAAACUUGCUGCGGCGACGCGUCUUCGAGGGGUGUGUUCGCUGUUCCCCUCUUCAUUCAGCAAUGAUGCUACGGCAACGCGUCUUUCACCUUUUUGUACGCCGACGUUCCACUGCCACCACCAGCAUUCAGCGGCCGAGGAGGAUAGGAAACUGACGGGAAACUCAGUCAGCUAUGGAUGUGAACGUCGCGACAUCCCGGUCGCCUGAUCUGCCAUCACUCGCAAGAACUGCAUCCAGGGUCAUAGCUUUGUGGUGCGUGUGGCCUUCCAUACUACGGUGCCUGAAACGGUUCUUUGACCAAUGUGUUUGGCGUCCCAUACCACCCAUGCAUCGAGCCGGCCUGUCACGAUCCUGGCUGACAGGCACGUAGCCAGGGGGGGGCCCCAUGGGGCCUGCCCCCCCCCCCCCCCCCUUCCCCGAAAUCUUCCAUUUUGCUGGGACCUCCUCUCCCCCCUCCCCUCAUACAGCAUUUUGUCAUGGGUGGGCCCCCCCCGAAACGAAAUCCUGGCUACGUGCCUGUGCAGUUGGUCGUGGGAGUUUCGGCAAAUAGACGAGCAAACGCGAUCAUCACUUCCGUGGACUGUCAAGUUUGAGGGCAGCCUGCAGCACGACGGGCGUCUGCUGUGUCUACGUCCGCCACUCUGCCUCCGCCAGGAUAUUGGCCAGCAGUGGCGCAAUGCGCUCGUAGCGUCGCAAGGCAGAAAUCGUGGGGACAAGGGUGAAUACGGGGUAAACGCAACAAUCGAAGGUUGCUUCCAAGGAACCAAACGCCAUUCCUGACUGGGUUCAGAGGCGAGUCCUUCGUUUAACGAUACUUCUUUGCAGUAUCUUGGUCACCAGUAACGUUGCAAUAUAAGAGCAGCGAUAGGAUUAUCGAGUAUUCUUCCAAAUGAGACUCGGCCGAAAUCGUAGAGGCUACCACCCCUAUGCGAGAGUUACGUGUACAGUUCAAUGGCUGAUAGGUUUUUAUAGCUUCACAUUACUUACAACAUUAGUCAUCUGCUAGAAGAAAAAAACCCUAAGGAUCUGUAGUUGAGAUAACAUUGGUCAUUGGCCAAUUCUGUACUACUAUAUCUAGAGGGAGCAACAAAAAUGGUACACUUUUGUAAUAGUUGCAGCAAAGUUUUCUCUUUCCCACAGCGGACGGAGCCGUAAUGCAAUAAAAAAUGAAGAUAAAGCUUUUUAAAAAUGUGUGCGCACAAGCCGGAUGACUGCAACACUGCCACCGCUAGUUUCUCUGCCGCAGUGCGCACGUGUCGUCAUUUGUAAAGCACACUCAACAGCAACCAGUUCUAAAUAUCAGAUAGUUCGCUCGUGUUGGAUUUUAGGACUGCUAUUUGAUGGUAUCUUAAUAUUAUUUAGACUGAUUGGGAGUGAAGCAACCAAAGGGUUUGAGUUUUACCUUACAAACAAGGUAGAAUUUUGUAAUGAUCAAGUUGUAAAUAUGAAAGUCUGUGGGCUUGUAUAGAGGGAAGAGCCUGUUAUAGUUAUUAAAAGUGCAUUAUUUUGCCUCUAUUUCGUCAGUCAUUAUUCCUUCAAUUUCCGAGCACUACUAUUGGCAUUCAAUGACUACACUAACCGUAUGUGCAAGGCAUGAGGUCAGAAAGUAAUGUAUCGCUGGCUUCAGGUGUCUUUGGCGCAUUUGUAAUUCUUUACAUGGCUAAUUUGGCUAACUAUGGUUUAAAGCCAGUCAUAGUGGGAUGAUGACUGGCUUCUUGUCUGGUGAUAACUGGUCUCUUCUGUUUUUUAUGCAUUCAACACUGAACAAAUGACCUUGCACCUGCAUCACAGAGAAGUGCCCGGCACGAAGAACGUUUGUCUUCUACAUUACCUGUGGUAUCUUCUGAAACAUAGCUUACUAUGUAUAUGAAGUGCAAAACAAUACCACAUUCAUGUGUAGAGCUCACUGAAUUACACCAUUCUAAAGUGCAUACUAGAAACGAAAAUAAAAUCCAGUACUUGGCUGCUUGUAGCCAUAUCGAUGCCAGUAGGGUUAAAGCA